AAAAAGAAGAAGGAGCCACGCGUUCACAGGCCUUACGCCUUCGACAAGAUGGAGGAGCUGGUGCGGCAGAUGCAAGACCCUGAGAACGGGGUACCCGUGCGCAGCCAAAAACAAUUUCUCACCUCGAUCCCCUCAGCGUUCAUGGGUUACGACCUCAUCGAGUGGCUGAUGGACCGGCUUGCCAUCGAAGAAUCAGUAGAGGCGGUCCAUAUUGCUAAUCAACUAUGCCAGUAUGGCUACUUCUUCCCGGUGAAUGACUCCAAGACGCUUACCGUUAAGGACGAUAGCUCUCUGUAUAGAUUUCAGACACCCUAUUAUUGGCCGUGGCAACAUAGAACCCCCGACAACGUCGAGUACGCGAUCUAUCUGGCUAAACGAACCCUGAGGAACAAACAACGUCACGCUCUCGAGGACUAUGAGAUCGAAGCUUUGAACAGCCUGCGCAAGAACCUGCAGAACAAGUGGGACAUAAUACAACUACAAGCGGAAGAACAGGUGCGCCUAGCUAAGGAACGCAAGAAGGGCGAUAAGAUAGUGAGCGACUCGCAGGAACGAGCAUUUUGGAGAGUCUAUCGGCCGCCACCCGGUUGUCUCAGUAGCCUGGAAGUCGUGCCCGUACCCACUCGUUUUCGUCCUGGACUUCCGCGACCUCCGUCACGCAAACGCACUCUCACCGAUCUGCAACGUGAGGUGGCCCUUCUACGGAACAGUUUGACACGCACGAGGAUAAAGGUAUCAGCUGCGGUCGAAAAUUUGAAAUCAUACUUUGAAACGUACGUGGAAUACGAUCCGAUGUUCGUACAGCCGCAACCCUCCAACCCAUGGAUCACCGACGAUCAUAUGUUUUGGCAACUGAAUAGUCCCUUAGUGGAAGUUCCUACAGAGAAGCGCGUUAAACGAUGGGCACUGUCGAUGGAAGAACUUAUGUCUGAUCCUACAGGUUUACAAGAAUUCACGAAUUAUUUAAGAAAGGAGUACAGCCACGAGAAUAUAAGAUUUUGGCUGGCGGUCAAAGAUCUCAGGCAUAGUUUUCAAGCACAAAUACCUGACAAAGUCAACGAAAUUUUUAGAGAAUUCCUGGCGCCCGGAGCCCCCUGCGAAAUCAACAUAGACGGGAAAACAAUGGAAAAAGUUCAUCAAGAGAUGAAAAAUCCGAGCAGAUUUACGUUCGAUUCCGCCGCGGAGCAUGUAUAUACGUUACUGUUGAAGAAGGACUGUUAUCCUAGAUUUAUUCGUUCCGAUCAAUAUCGUAAUCUCUUAGCUGCCGGCGUGCAACCACUACAGAAAAAGAGAUUUUUCGGCUUCGGCGGUCAAGCCAAGAAGAAAGUUUCCUCCACUUCGACACCGACGUCUAGCAUUUUGCAGCACUCUUCUAACAUAGGCGGCGGCGGCAGGCGAAGGGGAAGCGACCGGAGCCUCUCCGGGAGCGCCCACGAGCUCGCGGUGUGCGGCGUCCGUGACGUCACUUCCGCGCCGCGAGUGCCGCACUCCCACAGCCAGUCGAAUCUCACCGACAUCCCAUACAGGGGAGAUCUACCACGACUCGUAAAGAUACCUUCGAGGCCUAGUCCACGUAGUAUUCAGGAUGCUGGCGCGACGGAAGCAACAGUUCGCCCUAUGGACGAUGUAUGCCCAUGGGAAGCUGUGCCGGGUCCGAGCACGGAACACGGAGGAACGUCGGAUGUCGUAUCCUCUGGAGGGACAGCAUCAGCUGAUCAAACCCGACGUGUGUGGGAUAGCGGUGGUGGCGGCGGUGGCCACGCGAUGAUCGCACAUCUCGCCGAGGCCGCGUCCGUCUCCCGAAAAAAUUCAGCGCAACUGGAUUCGUGCAGCUCGUCGUCGGACGUCAGCCUCGCUAUCACGGACGUCGUCUCCGAACGGUUGCGGAAGUGUAAUUUACAGCACAGCGCUAGCAUAGGCACAGGUACAUCGACAGGCCCCGCCCCGAUAACGCGAAAUUAUUCUACUUGCUCAGCGAGCGGUCGUAUCAGGCUAUCCGACAUAGGUCGCGCGUCCAUGUCAUCCUGCAACUAUCCGUCGCCUCAGCAGUCAUUCGAGUACUCCCAUGUGGUAGUCGAAAAGGUAGAGGAGAGAUCGUCUCUAGAGAAAAUCGUGCCCGAAGAGGAGAUCGUCGCGGAACCCGUCGUCGUCAAGGAGAGUCAACCGAGUCCCAAGACGACCGCGAAAGCACCCUUGAUCAGCAUCAGCGCGAUCGUGGGCGAUCUACUGAGCGACAACUCCACGAUGGAGAACGUCGACGAGGAGGCAAACGAGAGCUGUACGGCGAAAGACGCGGGGGAGAUCGCCGCCGAGGAGAAAACGAAAGGCGAGGACUCGCGGGCCGAUACCGGGGCGGAUGUGUCACCGGUGGCCGAGGAACCGGCGACGACAGAGGAGCUGCCCGAGGAGUCGCAGGUCGUGCCUGUCUGGGAACCGGACGCCCAACAAGAGGACCGACCGACGACGACGACGACGGCGGCGACGGCGGCGACGGCGGCGACGGCGGCGGCGGAAGCAGUGCCUCGGGAGAAGCGUGACAAUAAUGUUAACGAAGUAUGCCCGUGGGAGGACGAGGAAAACUGUAGAGUGGAUGCACCCUAUGUAAAAACCUAUGCGACUUUAGGUUACUUGUAAUUUGUCGUUGAUAUUAAAAAUCUUGCAUUUUACAUUUUACAACAUUCACAGAUUCGAUUUUCACUUUAAUCCACUUUACUGAGCUCGCGUGUCCAGACCGUCGCGCGUCACAAAAGCCUCGAUCGUGUUGCGUUAAUUAAACGAAGAACACGAGGAUCUUUCGGAGAUAAAAUUUUACUUACGCGGAAGGAUGUAAUGAAACGAGUGCACCUGCGGGUACUGACGGUACACGAAUACCGCGGACAGAUUUUUCACGAUAUCGCAUCGGAAAUCACUAUGUUGCGUGCAAUGGCGAGCAGUUCGUUCGAUAGAAUCGGUAAGGCGAAAAUAUUUACGUCACAGGACGAAAAACGAGCAUCGACGUCUAGUCUUUAACUUUGCAUCGAGUCACUAUUUAUAUUACACGUAUGGCCUAACGAUCCGAUUCGCUUGUUCGAGAUCAUCGGGAUCCACGACGGGAUUCACCUGGAUCUUGGACUUAGAGCUCUUUUUGUCUUUUCCGAUUUCUAGAGCUACUUAAUCUCCGCUGUAUCUAUCCUUGGUACGCGCGAGUUGAAAUAAAAGAAAGAAAGAAAGAAAGAAAAAAAAAAAUAACGCAAAAAUUAUUAUAUAAAAGUUAAGAAGGAGGUCGGGCGUUAUUGUUUUAAAUUAGAGUGCAGUCUCCAAUGUUGUCCGUAGAUUAAUGUAGAUUAACGUAGAUUGGAGACUUAGAAAAGAGAUGUGUCGCGUGACAAGUAGCGAUGAUACGUAGAUCGUGAUCUCUCUCUCUCUGUGUUGAGUAAAACGUUUCAACGGCGACGCGUUGCCGAGUUAAAAAAAAAAAGUAGCGAGUAAAAAAGUUUCGAGUGCGCGGAUUGGGAACUCGUUAUCCCUCAUUUCGUAUCGCGUGUAAACGCGUGCUCGUGGGGUGCUAGCCAAACUUGAGCCCUUUGACCGCUCUCCAUGGUCGCGCUUUUCCCGGAUACGCGCUUUUCCCGCGAAUCAUAUUCGUCGCGAAACUUUACGUUCCGACAUCCCGGUAUAUAUACGUUACAGAACGGCAAUCUGAAUUCACGAAAACUUAAAUUCUUCUUCAAUCAAGCCGAAUUUGCGCGAUUAACGCGAUGUCGCGAUCGCGCGUUUAUAUCAAUAGUAAAUAAUUUAUUUACACUCCCCCCCCCCCCUCGCCGAGAUACAAUCUGCAUCCCAAUGCGCGGCGCGUUACAUAAUUUAAGUGCACGUCUUCGUCUUACUUACUUACUUAAUUAGAUUUACCGCCUAGAGUUAGCGUGUCUUACGCAGUGUCUUACGAGCGUUCGAUAUUAAUUAUUGACAAAUUUAUCGUGACCUGAUAUAUUUUAAGUGUUUAACUAUUUCAUGUUAUAGCUCGUCAUCCGUAAUCGCCUCGAAAUAAUUAAUCAACAUGCCGAUGGCGAUUAUGACGAUUUUAUGGCGGUGUCGCGCUCCUUGAUCCCCGUUUGAACGAGUCGCGAUAAUUAAUGAUGAAGAAAAAAAGAAAAGGAUAAAAAAUGUUGCCGUAAAUCUAAAUAAUAUUAAUGUUCCGGAGUGCCCGUUGUUAUCGGAUCUCUGAUCCUGUUACUGCCCCAGGAUCUCUGAUCCGACGAUAAAAAUUGAAGGGGAGAACUGCUUAAACGUUAAAUGCAACGUUAUGCUCUUAACUGUAUUUUAUCGGUGUCUUUUCGUGUAUAGUUUUAAGAUUAACACAUCAUUGUACUAAUUACUGACGCAAACUACAAACGCAACUGACACGUUUGUCUCGCGUUCAAUCGCGAACUCUACGACGAUUCUGACGGCCAAAUCCUCGUUUUUUUCUCGACGAGAGGAAAGGAUAACUUAACGAAAAUGAAGAACGAUCGCCUAAUUACACUGCACUCUAACGAAAAGAUGGAAAACGAACGAACGUGAAAAAGAAAUGCGGCGGUUCUAAUGCUCGCUAGUUUCCUAACAAUCGAAUAUCGAGUCUGCAGGUCACAAUUCACUCAAGGACGUAUCUGUAUUUAUUUUCUACGUGCAAGAUAGCAAGUAAUAAAGCAAAAACGAAUUAACGAUUGACCCCGUUGACAAUUAUUUGGACGCAACGAGCCGAGUACGGCGGUCUGGACACGCGAGCGUAAUCAUAAGAACUCUAAAAGUAUUCACGACGUACUGUUAAUUCAGCAGCUCAACUUAAGUAUCGUAAAGUUCUUACGAUAGGUUUUAGCCGAUAACAAGACUAGAAUAACACAUGUCCCCGUGAUUGAGAUAUAAGGAGAUUAAUAUAAUAUACUUACUACCGUACAUACACGAUUUUGUUCGCGUCACAGCGGCAACGAAUUGCUUUUCGAUUCGCCCGCGAUAAUUUUAUUGUAUCGAUCCGAGGGAGAAAAAAAAAAAUGUGCGCUGUAGUCAAAUCUUUGGGAAGACACGGGAAGACGAGAGAACUCGGAUGCUGGAGAAAACGUGAAUUCUAAGCAGCGGAGGAGCCAUGGAACAAAUCAAAAAAAAAAAAAAAA